UGUGUGUGUGUGCACGGGGAGAGAACAAGUCGGAACACUUCAGAUCUCGUCAGAUGGGAGCAGCUCCACAUUUGUCUAUGCUGGUGUGAAAUGUGACGAACAGUCUGCGCUCAAAGUCUUUGUCAUAUUAAUACAGGCGCGUUCAUGUAGCUCCAAACAGCAGGAUUACAAAGCGUUUUUAUUAUAAGAAGAUGAAGCCAUAAAUUCAGUGCGUCGCGAGGUGGAAGCUGAUUUUUACUUCAACGAUUCCUGUCGAGAUGGAAAGUGCCAACACUCCCUGAAGACGAGAUGGGAAAAUGGGAGUUAACUAUGAACCCAGUGCAGGAAUGGGGUGAGGAGGUCGAGGAUGGUGCAGUUUAUGGAGUCACGCUGCGUCGGGAGCCCGUCCCCUUCUCCCCCGACCCCAGUGAGAACAGUCCAUGCUGCGCUUUUGUGCAGUACCGAACCUGCAAGGUGCGGCGUCUGAAGGCUGCAACCCUGGACCUUCUUGUGAAUCACCUCCUGGACCCCGGCUGCCAGGAGCAGGACUACGGCAGGAUCUUCCUCUCCACGUACAGGACCUUCACCGGCACCUCAGAGCUCAUAGAGCUGCUCUUCCAGAGAGACAAUGCUGCGUCAGAUCUGGACAACAGUGAAUGCUACAGGAGCCCUCUGCUGGCCUUUGUCCAGACAUGGUUGGAUGAUUACAGCGAGGACUUCAGGGAUCCUCCCCUGCACCCGGCACUCAGGCAGCUGUUGGAUCACCUGAGGAUCAGCUCCGCAGUUCACGACAACAUGCGCAGCCAGCCGAACUUUAGCUCGCUGGCUUCACAAGCUGAGGCACUGCUCAUGAGGUUACAGAAAGAAGGAGCUGAGACAAUUGUCAGUCCUGCCAGGGCAGAUCUGGAGCAUGACGAGGAGGCUUCUGGUGACGAGGAUUCAGGAUGUGAAAACUCUCUGGAUGUAGGCAGCAUCAUGGAUUUCUCCGUCUCAGCCAUUGCAGAACAGCUCACCCGAAUGGACUCUGCUCUGUUUGUCAAAGUGGUGCCGUACCAGUGCCUGGGCUGUAUGUGGUCGCAAAGAGACAAGAAGGAAAACAUGUCUCCCACCAUCCGGGCCACCAUCGCGCAAUUCAACGCCAUCACCAACCAGGUCAUCAUGUCCCUGCUCUGCCAGCCGACAGACGCCACCUCUAGUCCCACUUCCUCCCGCUGGCCUCUCACUACGCCAGCUCAGAGGGCUCGCAUCAUAGAGAAGUGGAUCAGAGUAGCUCAGGAUUGUCGUCGGUUAAAGAACUUCUCGUCUCUGAAGGCGAUCCUGUCGGCCCUUCAGUCCAACGCAGUCUACAGGCUGAGAAAGACCUGGGCUGCUGUCAGCAGGGACAGCAUGGCCACGUUUGAUAACCUCUGGGAAACCUUCCCCGAUGAGAACUGUGUCCUGACCAACAGAGAGCUGCUGGUGGAGGACGGAGGACAAGCUGCGACUGUGGAUAACAUUUCUCCAAAGAUAUCCAAGCGGUGUCCGAUCUCCAGACAGAUGAGCACCUCCAGUGGAGUGGUUCCCUACCUUGGCACCUACCUGACCGUCCUCACCAUGCUGGACACUGCUCUGCCAGACACUGUGGAGGGUGGGCUCAUAAACUUUGAGAAGAGGAGGAGGGAGUUUGAGGUUUUGUCACAGAUCCGUGUGCUGCAGGUGUCCUGCUCCCAGUACAACCUGCCUCAUCAUCCCAGAAUCUCCGCCUGGCUGCAGGGACACAAGCUGCUCACCGACCAGGAGAGCUACGAUCUGUCGAGACAGCUGGAGCCUCCGGUGGACUUGUGUUCGCUGACUCCGUGGAGCCACCGCACGCUCACAAAGAAACUCUCCUCUCUCCUGACAGUGGCUGAGGGAUCUAAAAAAGUUCCCGCUGACCAGAUCAGCGUCUCCUCCUCUGGAUCCAGUGGAUCUGAGCUGGAGGAUCUGUCCUCCCCGAACUCAGCCUGCUCCAUCAGACUGCAGUCUUUUCACAGCUCUUGCAACAACGUGUCCGAGGCCUUCUCUUCCUGCUCGUCCUCCUCGUCCUCAUCCUCCCCCUGCUCCACCGUGUCUUCCUCUCCAGACUCGCCCACUCCUUCCAGCUCCUCCGACUGCCGGACGGAUCUCUGCUCCUCAGCUGCAUCCUGUGGCGGCGCUCCGAAGCCCACUCUGGCCUCCAUACACAAGCGCUCCGUGUCCAUGACCUCGCUGCCGCAGUACAACCGUCAGGUGGCUGACUCCUGUAUAGUGAGGGUGAGCGUGGACCUGGGACACAACAACGGCAACAUGUACAAAAGCAUCCUGUUGACCAGCCAGGACAAAACUGCCCAGGUGAUCCAAAGGGCGCUGGAGAAGCAUCACCUCGAGCACAUGAACUGGCAGGACUUCUCUCUGACACAGGUCAUCUCCCAGGACAGAGAGUUGCACAUACCGGACAAAGCCAACGUCUUCUACGCUAUGUCCACAACGGCAAACUUUGACUUUGUUUUGCGGCACUUUGCCAAAGGCCAGAAGAAGCCGCUGAAGGCCACGAUGAGUCUGGGACGAUACACAAAGUAGAGCCAAGUCUUGCACCUGGAAGAUGAACUAGACUCCUUAAUAGUUGUUUUAUAAGACAAGUAUGUUCUCCACGAUGGUCCAUCAUUUUUCGGGAUACCAAAGAGGUUUUUAUGGAACUGUAGGACCCCAGAAAGACUAAGGGCACUUUCAUGUGUUUCAAAUGGGGAUCCUUGAAUAAACAAGAUGAUGCAAAAGCACUUUAUGAAGAAGAAAGCUCACCUCAAAGAAACAUCUGGAUCAGACAGGCUUUCAUUUCCUGCUGGAAUAAACUUGGGACAAAUCCUAAAGACAGGAAAAAAGGAACUCAUUCCUCAACUUUCUCUCUGAGAUGUGUUCGUCACAUGGUUUUAUCCAACCCAGUCUCCGGAAAAAAAUGUCAGCAUUGUUCGUUUCUGCAAACCACGGAAAUGUUACAUUUUUACGUUUCAUAUAUGUCAGCGUUUCGAAAAUGACGUCUUAUGUUAGCUGACUUUGUCAUCGAGAGGUGGAGGGGAGGGUGAAGAUGCCUGCCUGGCUGCCAGUCUCUGCAGACGACUCUUGAGACGAACAAACUACAAAACCAGUUGUUUAUAGUGAGUCAUUACUGCAUUUUCAGAGGCUUUUUAGCACCAAACAUGGGUGUUUUUUUAAUGUUUUGUCACUGCGUUUCCUGACGGGAUAGUGCCACAAAAAGCGGUUAGUUUUUACCAAGACAUUACUGCCAGGAUAGUGCCAUGAGAAGUGGCUGUUUUUUACGAAGAUGUCACUGCGUACCCUGCCAGGAUAGUGCCAAGAACAGCACUUGUUUUUUACCAAGACUUCGCUGCAUUAUCUGCCAGGAUAGUGCCACUAAAAGCAGUUGUUUUUCACUAAGACAUCGCAGCGCUUCCUGAUGGAUAGUGCCAUGAAAAGCGAGUCUUUUUUUACCAAGAUGUCACUAUGUUUCCUGCCAGGAUAAUGCCAUGAAAAGUGGUUGAUUUUUACCAAGACAUCGUUGCAUUUCCUGCCGGGAUUGCUGCUUAAAAAGCGGCUGUUUUAUAUCAAGAUAUAGCCGCAUGUCCUGCCAAGAUAGUGCCAUGAGAAGCGGUUGAUUUUUACGAAGAUGUCACGACGCUUCGUGCCAAUAUAGUGCCACGAAGAGUGGUUGUUGGUUUUUACCAUGACAUCACUGCUUUUUCUUCAGUCAUAGUGGCCUGAAAAGCAUGUUUUACACCUGAGACAUCGCUGUGUUUCCAGCCAGGAUACAGCCAUCUUUCCCUGCUAGAAAUUUUAAGCCAUAACAUGUUUUUUCCAAACCAUAACCAAGUGGUUUUACUGCCUAAACCUAACCAUGUUGUGAAACGUAAAGUUUUAAGAUAUGUUCAGUAAAGUUCCUGACGUAUCCGUGGUUUGCAGAAAAGUACAAUGGCAACAUUUCUUCUGGGCGACUGGGUUGAAUAAGUUCAUGGAUGCAAAUACUGGUUGAUUUUCACUCUGAGCUGUUCGAUGUCAACACGCCACAUCAGUGAACUAUUUAUACAUGAACAUUUAGAAAAGCCCGACCAUCUCCCUGCACAGCUGGGCGCCAUUAAUAACCCGUCUGUUAAAAGGGAAUGGGGGUCAGAUGCUGUGUGAAGGUCGCACAGUUGAUAAUGAACUCCCGGGGCUCCUCAGCAGGUUGUCAGCCACUUGAGAUGAAAUCACCGGUGUGGCGUGCCGAUGCCAUCUGAGGAGAGGGAGGGGACGUUCUCAGCAGGGAUCACUGUGUACCCGGGGGAGUUUCAGCCCGGCUCCUGCUGCGUUGCUGUGAUACUCAUCGUGUGAGGCGAGCAGCCCUGACUGGAAGGAUGGCAUUCCUGAGCCGUGGUUACCAUGGCAGCAGCAGCAGAGACUUUGAUGGACGGGACUGGGACGCACACAUGCAAGUGUCUGCUGUAUCUAGAUGAGACAACAAUAGGGGUGAUCUGUUGUGUGUGUGCUUUCAGUGUUUCAGUGCAAUGACGAAGCAAGUUUGACUUUUAGAGUUUAGAUUUUUUUUUCUAAUGUUUUGUAUUUAUUUUCACUGUGGUUCACUUUGUGGUUCACUUUAAUCGCACCUUCAUUUGAUUGAUGACACAUUGGUGGCUUCAAGUUAAAAAAAAAAAAUCAACACAACCUUUACUUUAAAACAUCUCCGAUUAGUGACAUUAAAAGUUUAAAGAUGUCGUAUUUUCUGAUGAAUAUUGAGAAUAUUUAAAAUUUUAAUGAGAAUAUUUUAAUUUUUAAGAAUAAAAGUGUUUUAUUUUUUACUUAAAUUGUAACAAAUGUGGUUCAGACGAGUGAAGCUUGGAUGUUACUGGUGCUUUAAUGGCUUGAUUUAAAGCCUUACGAGGACAUUAGAUGUAAUCAUUUCAGUGACGUCAGAUGACGCACAGACUCUCCUGGGGUAGCUGAUAAUCAUCAUUUUUCUAACAGUUAACGCUUCAAGGAGGAAUUACAUUCUCAACAGACACACUAAAAUCACAUGUUUAAUCACUCUGCAGGCCCCGUGUAUGAGCUCAGGGGCUGUGGAGGUAAGAAACGCAGAACUCGGUGACCUAUUCUGUCUGCACACAUCUUUGUAAUAAACACCUUUGUCCUACCAAAACUGCUUUUUGUUCACAUUUGUGAUAAUGAAGAGAACACCACAGCUGUAAAACAAAGAAAUAAACAGGUUUAAAAAAAACUGUUUCUACACUGUAUUGACAACUUCCUAAUAAACACUUUUCAGUCCUGUUUAU